GUGUGUAGACGAUAAAGCGAAGAGCUCGGCAAAUAGCAGAAUUCUAUUUAGUGAAAGGCAAAUGUCGCCGCGUUCAUGCCCAAGUGUAUAUACUCACACGUUCGUAUUCGGAUUCUAGAUAUUCUAAUUUUAAUUUGUGAAUAUUGAGUAGAAAAAAAUUUUAAAGUGAAACAACAACAAAAAAUUUAGAGCACUGCUGUCUAUUUUCGAAAGUCAUAAUUUUUCCAAAUUUAUCUAAGGUUUUCGCAUAAAAAAGCACACGCGGUGGAAAAGUAGUAGCUACAGCAAAUACAACAACAGCACGUCGCAGCACUAACCGAAAUAUUUAAACGGAAAACGGAAAUUGUGCGGCAUUGAACGGACGUUUGUUGUGGCCGUUAACGGUUUAUAUUUUGCGUACGUGAGUUGGUCGGUAAGCGCAUUCGCCGGUAAGACAUUGGCAGAAUGAAUGCAGUGAAAUAAAAAUACAAUAAAAAAAAAUCGAUGUAUGUAGAUACCUGCAUAAAAAAAUUGCGCGAUUGCAGUGGAAUGCUUAAAAACUAGCUUAGUACGCGAAACAUACAUUGUUGUGAAAAAUGACAAACUUUUUUGCACUUGCACGGAAAUUUCGUAGUUUGAGGUAUACGUGAGCUGAAGAAAAAACUCCGCGCUUUUCCGCCACCGAAAUGCUUGAAAUAAAAUUAAAAAAUAUCAUACGAAAAGUCGAAGCAACAAAUUCAUAUCGAAGUCAAAAUACAUACCACUAAAAAAAAAAAAAAAAAAAACAGACCAGAUGGAAUGAAGAAACCAUUCAAAGUGAUACUUAUUUUAGUAAAAAUAAAAAACGAGCACAACUACAAAGUAAAACAUAAAACCAGCACAAUCAUCUCAAACGAAAGCACAAUCACAUUACACUGCAGCCAAAAAUAAAAAGAAGACACCCACAACCAAACAAACAAAAACAAAUCAAACAAAGCCAUAUACACGCACAGCGCGCAAAAAAAAAUAAAAAUUUAUUCGAAAGUGCAGUGAAAAUUCAGCCUCAAAAUGGUCGACGACUUUUCACCGAUGCGCAUGCAAAAGAAGACGCGCAGCGCAUCCAUUUGUGCGACCACCGGCGCCAGCAUCGAAACGGCCAUACAUAAUAUGCCGACAUAUGGCGCAGCAUCGGGCAGUGCCACACCCGAAAGCGGUGGUACGCCCAGCUAUCGGCGUCGACGACCGGCCACACGGUCGCAGAGUGCGCGCAUCACCAGUGCCGCAAAAUCGGUACGCCGGCGAGCUCAAGCACAAGCGCAACAACAACAACAACAGCAACAAUACAACUUGGAAAAUGCGCGCUCCUACUGUACGAGUGAGCCGCGUCUUAGCGAAACGGAAACGCCGCCGCAAAGACGCAAAUUAUCACAGCGAAGACCGCAACAGCAUGGAAACAUAACUAUGACACGAUGUCCAGUAAAAAUGGGUCAUGGGCAGUCGAAGAGACUUAAAGUUUCUUUGACAUUCCUUCCGGAGUUGUAA